UUCUAUGGGUCAGAAAUGGGGCCCUAUGGGGGUUCUAUGGGUCCCAGACCCCAGAUCCCGCCCCACACCUGUGCCCCACACCUGUGCCCCACACCUGUGCCCCACACCUGUGCCCCACAGCCGCCGCCCCCCAUCCCGGGGCUGGUGUUCGUGGUGACUGGCGGCUGCGGGUUCCUGGGGCGGCACCUGGUGCGCGUUCUGCUGGAGGAGGAGCCCGAGCUGCGGGAGCUGCGCAUCUUCGACCUCCACCUCGACCCCGACCUGCCCGACGCCCCGUUUGACCCCGUCCCCGUUGCAGGCACCAAGGCGGUGCUGCGCGCCUGCCGUGCUGCGGGGGUGCGCUGCCUGGUGUUCACCUCCUCCAUGGAGGUGGUGGGGCCCAACGAGCGCGGGGACCCCUUCCUGCGAGGGGACGAGGAGACGCCGUACCCCACGCGGCACACGCAGCCCUACUCCCUGAGCAAGGCGCAGGCCGAGCGCUUGGUGCUGGAUGCCAACGGGGCCAAGGUGUCGGGGGGCGGGCGGCUGGUGACGGUGGCUCUGCGCCCCACGGGGAUCUAUGGGGAGGGGCACCCCCUGCUCGAGUAUUUCUACCGCCGCGGGAAGGCCCUGGGGGGCUGGCUGCCCCGCACGCUGNUUGGGUCCCCAUAG